AUGGCUCGCUUCACUCAAAGCGCUGCUAUGAUGCUGGCUGUACUGUCAGUCAGCCUCGCCUUGCAAUCCGCUAAACCCAGAACAAGGGUUGAGACGAAAGUGCAAGCGUUGGAGGCCACUGUAGGUGGGUUGAAAGACCAGGUCGCCUCUUUGAAUGACCAAGUCUCGGCUUUGUCCGUUCACACUCCUGAGGUCCGACGUCAUCCAUGCUUCCGACUCACUCUGUACAAGCACCUCACGUAA